AUGCUGUUGACAUCUGAAUCUCUAAAGGGAAUAAUUGAAGAAAGAUUACAGGCGAACUUAGUUCAAGUUGAAGAUAUGUCAGGUGGUUGCGGUCAAGCAUUUGCUGUAAUAAUUGUGUCACCACUAUUCCAAGGUAAGAACAAAUUGAUGAGGCACAGAUUAGUUAACAGUGCAUUAAAGGAAGAAAUUGCAGCAAUUCAUGCAUUUACUCAAAAGGGAUUUACUCCUGAAGAAUGGACACUGCAAGGCGGAAGACUUUAG